GUUCAACUCAUCCAGACUAUCGGGAGUGUGUUAGUUCAGAACCAACACCAACAACGUCUCAAAAACCACAAUGAUGUAGCGAAACUUGUAGCGAAGCGCAAUCCACCGUGUUAUUUAGGCCAAGAAGAUCCUCUCAUCCUUGAGGAUUGGAUUCGCACUUUCGACAAACUUUUCGACACUAUAAACUGCCCUGCAGAUCAACGAAUUAAUACGGCUGCGUACUAUCUACGCCAAGAAGAUCCUCUCAUCCUUGAGGAUUGGAUUCGCACUUUCGACAAACUUUUCGACACUAUAAACUGCCCUGCAGAUCAACGAAUUAAUACGGCUGCGUACUAUCUACGUCAAGAAGCAGACAAUUGGUGGGCCACGACUGCCCCAACGUUGCGUCAACAACCUGACUUUUCUUGGGAGACGUUCAAGGAGGCAAUGCGAAAGAGAUUCUACCCAGAGCACGUUAGAGCUGAGAAGUAUGAAGAAUUCUUACACCUGAAGCAAGUGGGUAUGACUGUCCAAGAGUAUCACGCUAAAUUCUUGAAUCUCGCACGAUUUGCUCCCACGCUAGUUCCCAAUGAAAUCGAGAAAACAAAUAAGUUUAUACGCGGUCUGAACUUCGAGACACAAAAAGCUCUUUGCAUUUCAGAAUGCCAAACGUUGAACGAUGCCUACAACAAAGCUGGCAAGCACUAUCAAGUGCAACAACUCCAGAAGAAAACACUCAAGAGAGAAAGGAAGGGCACCGAAGAAGAAAAUAGACAGGGAGGCAAACGGCAAAAGCUAGAUAAUGCAGAGGAGACCCGAAACAGGAACAAGAUCAACAACCAAGGCCGAGGCCAGAAGCGUAAGAAGAAGAACUCAACUGAAGAGAUGCACUUCUACUGCUCGAAGUGUAGAAAAGAUCACCCUGGGAAAUACUGUGAUGGAACGCUCGUACGAUGUUUUCAUUGUGACAAGCUAGGGCAUAGGGUGUUCGAGUGUUGUUCAAGGAAGAAGGGAAUCCCUCCAACUCGUGGACUCAAUCAUCAUCCAAAACGCAAUGGAAGAACCUCAGAAUAGUAGGC